AUGUCUCCAGGUAUAAAAGUGAGGCUUCACAUCGGGAUCGAGGUGCCCGCCAUCUCUCGUUUGAUUUCGGAGGAGCAUUGCUUAAAGACUUUGUUCAUUUAUCUUGCAUGCAGAGUAAAGCAGAAAACCUGUGGAAGAUAUUCUUAUUGUAAGAAUUUAUGCUCCAAUAGUUGGUGCCAUUUGUGGGAACUCUUGCAAAAUCAAUCAAUGGCUAGAGAUAUCAGACUAAAAGCAGAGGAAUGA